AUGGGGACAUAUAUACCAAAUGGUAAGGAUGAAUGUCAUCCUGGAACCACAACCACGACCUCCACCUCCACCUCCACCUCCACCAAUUAUGAUAACACAAACACAAAUUCAAAUUCAAAUUCAAACUCAAACUCAAACUCAAACCCAGACCCCAAUUCUUUGUCUACAUUUACAACCACGUCUCCUCAACAUCAACAACAUAUUCAAGAAUCAGUAACUGUAACCACUCCUACAUCUAAAGUAACAAUCAAUCCCCAUACAACAUCAAGUAUUGCUAGUCAACAACAUCAACAAGAACAAGAAUUGCUUUCAGGGUAUACAGUACCAAAUCCACCCAUUUCUACACAGCAAUCAACGGCAAUUGCAGCUGAUCAAGAAUCAAUUUCGGGAUCUGAAUUGGAUAAUAAACCUCGUACUUUAUGGAUGGGAGAUUUAGAUCCUUGGCUUGAUGAAAAUGCUAUACAAGAUUUAUGGUGGAGUAUUUUACAGAAAAAAGUGGUGGUGAAAAUCAUUAAACCUAAAAAUAUGAAACCAGAUAUUAAUUUCCAAGGUUUAACUAAUUCUGGUUAUUGUUUUGUUGAAUUUGAAUCAUUUGAAGAUGCUCAACAUGCAUUAAGUUUAAAUGGACAAUUAUUACCUGAUAUUGCUAUGCCUUCACAACUGAAUUUCCCCAAUAAUCCUGAUAAUCAAAAAAAAUAUUUCCGAUUGAAUUGGGCUAGUGGUGCCACUCUUUCAGCUCCUAUAGUGCAAACCCCUGAAUAUUCUUUAUUUGUUGGGGAUUUAUCGGCAUCUACUACUGAAGCACAUUUAUUGGCAUUUUUCCAAAAGAAUUUCCCCAAUUCAAUUAAAACCGUUCGAGUAAUGACAGAUCCUAUAUCGGGGAAAUCUAGAUGUUUUGGAUUUGUUAGAUUUACUGAAGAACUGGAAAGACAAAGAGCAUUAAUUGAAAUGAAUGGAGCGUGGUUUGCUGGGAGACCUUUAAGAGUUGCAUUAGCUACGCCUAGAAAUGUGGCUAGAAGGUUCAAUAAUCGUCGGUUUUCCCCGCAACACCAGCAAUACCAACACCAGCAACAACAACAACAACAACAACAUCAACAUCAACAUCAACAUCAACAUCAAGAACAACAACAACAUCAAGAACAACAACAACAUCAUCAUCAAUCAGUAUUUUCAAGUUAUGGUGGAGGACCUAAUAUGCAUAUAGGAGGAGGAGAAUAUUUUGAUGGUGAUCCCAAUUUAUCACCUUUACCACAAACAGGUGCACCAACGGUACCUCCGGAAUUAAUGUUUAUGCCACCCAUGGGACCCAAUGGUCAACUUGGAGGUAGUCCUGUUUAUGGGUAUUAUGGGCAAACGUCUGGUAGUGGAGGAGGUGGUUAUGGUGGUCCAGAAUUGGAAGGGUUUAGUUUAGAUAUAUUACAAUCACCUAACCUAGUACAACCAAUGUUAGGACAACAACAAUUUCAGCAUCAACCACAAUAUCAGAAUCAGCUUCAACUUCAACAUCAACAUCAACAUCAACAUCUUCAACAAGGACAACAAUUUGUUGAUCCUAAUAAUACUACUGUAUUUGUUGGAGGGUUAUCAUCAGAUGUUUCUGAACCAACUUUGCAUACAUUAUUUAAACCAUUUGGAUUAAUACAACAAGUUAAAAUACCUCCAGGUAAAAAUUGUGGAUUUGUGAAAUAUUCCAAUAGAGAAGAAGCAGAAGAAGCCAUUGCGGCCAUGCAAGGAUUUGUUAUUGGUGGUAAUAGAGUUAGAUUAAGUUGGGGGAGAGUAUCUGUUAGUAAUAAAAAAUAUCAACAACAACAACAACAACAAGUAGCUCAAGUAGCUCAAUUACAAGUUCAAGCAGCAUUAUCUAUGGGUAUGGAUCCUGCUAGUGCAAUUGCUGCUGCUGCGGCCGCCGCCGCCGCCGCCGCUACUGCUUCUGGUGGUGGUGGUGGUAGUGGUGGAUAUCCACCAAAUAUUCCACUUCAACAUCGGCAAGUUGUCCCACCACCACCAACAUCAUCAUCAUCAGUUGUACAUCCUGCUCCACCACCACCACCAUCAACAUCUAUGAGUGCAAUGAAUUUACCACCACCAAUUCAUGGUAUGAAUAUGAAUAUGAAUAUGAAUAUACCUAUACUUCCUCAUAUUCCUCAAUAUCAAAAUAUUCCUUAUCAGAGUCAUUUUGUUUCUGAUGAUGGUAGAGAAUCCUCUGGUGGUGGUGGUAGUGGACAUAAUGGAGAUCUGAAUCAAGGUAUUACUUCAUCAUCAUUUUUAUCAAACAAUGGUGGUCGUAAUAAUGGUGAUAAUGAUCAAGUUGAACAAGAUGAUUUAACUCAAGCUAUGGAUAAGAUGAAUUUGAAUUCUGAACAAGAUGAUGGGAAUGACGAUGGAGCAGAAUAUGGUUAUAUGAUGAAUCCAGGGUUUGGUUCAUAUGGAGUAUCAAGUACACAACAACAACAACAACAACAACAACGUCAACAACAACAACGUCAACAACUGUAUCAACAAUUAAUACAUGAUGAUUAUGAUCAAGAAGGAGAUAAGACUACGACUAAAGAUGAACAAGGAAGUGGAAGUGAUGAUUCUACAGGAAAAAAGACCAAAGAUGAUGAUGAUGAAGUUAAAGAUAAUGAAAAUGAAAAUGUAAAACUGACUCAUGAUUCGGAGUAA